GUUUGGCAGCGCUCUGGCCGUUUGCCGGUGGAAAAAAAAACUUUAUUUUAUUUUUUUUAUAUUGCUGUGACGUGUUUUGUUGUUUACUGAGUUUAGUGCGCUGCUGAUGUUUAAAUGUUGUGGUUAUGGAUUUACAUAGGCUGAUCCACGAGGUAAAGCUGCGUCCAGCUCUUUGGCAUUACGCCCAUCCAGACCGUGCAAAUCGUGUGGAAACGCAGCGUCAGUGGCGCUGCAUAUCGGAUGCAGUAGGACAGCCGGUGGAACUUUGCCGCAAUAAGUGGAAGAAUUUGCGCUGCAGCUAUCGACGGCAAGUGCAUCGACGCGAGAGUUUGCAUUCGUCGCCCACACAUCAGUGGAUAUAUGCUGAGGAGAUGAACUUUCUGGACAGCGUGCGACAUCGCAACGAUAGCAGCAACUAUGAGGAUGAUGAAUGCGAUCAAAGUGUAAGCGAGUCCAUGCCCUUGCAGCAGGCCGUGGAUGAAAUGGAGGCGGACAACGAUGAGCUUAUGCAGGAGUUUCAAAGCAUUGUCACACCACAGGCGCUGCUUCAGCUCUCGCACAACAUUUCGCUGGCCAGCGCGGCGGCGGAGGAGGAGCGUGCAACAAGCUCAGCUGCGGCAGCGAUUGCAGCAGCAGCCACCACCACCACACCGUCCAGCAUACCCCUGGCUGUUGCGCAGGGCACUGCCUUGGCAGCGGCGGCGGCCAGCAGUUGUCAGUGCGCCAGACGUGUGGAUGAGCAGGUGAGCUUCUUGGAAAACUUGGAGCGCGAGGAGCAGCAGCUGAUACAGUCGACCAGCCAGGAUUUGGUGCGUUGCAAGAACUCGCUGCACAUUGGCGACUCGGAUUACAAUUUUCUGAUUAGCUUCUUGCCGGUAAUGAAGAAAAUGGAUCCGCUGCAAAAUGUACAAUUUCGCGCCAAGGUGGGCGAAGUGUUGUUGCAAACAAUGCAGGGCACGGCUGUGCCACAGCAACAAGAAGAACAGCAACAAGAACAACAGCAGCAAUACGAACAGCAAUUGCCGCAGCCGUCACAACAUCGGGAGUCGCCACAGCCAUCGGUAAUGUUGUUGAACCAACAGCAAAUGGCCUUGGACCAGGCCCAAGUGUGCAGCAGCUCCAUAAAUUGGAUUUAAGUGAACUCGCGCGCUCUCAAUUAUUCUCUCUCAAUAUAUCGCUCCCAACGUUUUGUCGCUCCGAGGUUUUGGACAGUGUGUGGCGCACAGUGGUACACAAAUGAUUUCCUUACAUUGCAUUUUAUUGAUGUCUAGUUAUUAAGCAAAUAAAACUCAAUACUCAACUGUGUUUGUAUAAAUGUUCUCUGCGCGAUUUUAAAUAAAAUAAAA